GUAAAUGACAAGACUCUUCAUCCACAAGUUAAAGCCAAAGAUGCUCUUACAAUAUGUGAUACAAUGCGAACAAUUUAUUACAUGUUAUGUACUCCCACUUUAAUGAAAGCUCAAUAUUUUGUAAUCGAACCUAAUAUACGUGGAUGGGUUACAUUCCUGCAGUUCUGCAUUUUGCUGGAACCUGAGCCGCGUACAAAAGCCGCGAAUUCAAAGAGCGCGCCCUGGCGCCUGACGGUGAUGGAUCGCCCCUGUCGCUCAGCCGCGCAUCACACGCGUCGCCCGGCGCCACCGCCCGUCACCGCCCACCGCUGUCGCCCGCCCGCUCAGCGGCACCUCAAGGUCUGAUGUUAGUUGCGGAGUUGCGGAUGCGGGGUUGCAGCUAAAAGACAAG